UGAUUAAAAUCACCGUCUCGCAACCAAUGAGCACGCAGUAUUCCAUGAGUUUGAGUAGCAAUGGCGGAGACAACGAAGCAAAGUGAGAGCAAAGCUCCUCCCAGCGAACCAGCUAAAAUGUCCAGUUACAAACACUGCAUGGACGCAAUACUGGGGCUGCUUUCAGACUUUGGGAAAGAGCUGAAAUUAGGGGAUGCUGCUUUGAGAAUAGAGGUCAACCCUGGAGCUGUAGUACUUUCGUCAUCUUCAGAAGCAGGUGUUUAUGGCUGUGUACAGCAGCACAUUGCUAAGUUGCAGGCUGUUUCAGAAAGCCUGAGGUCACUGGUAGAAGCUGAUGUUACAUCUGUGAAGGAAGACACGGCGGAUAACAUUGUCACGUCACUAUCAUCCGAGCACCGGCGUCACAGCUCAGAGGCUGCAGACUGCGGGUCUUCGGGCGAUGACGUCAUGGUUCAGAUCCGAGCCGGGAAGUCAGAGAUCGAGCGAAGAAUAUCUGCAUUUAUGGAAUGCAAGCAGAUGGAGAUCAAUGAAAACAACGUGCGCGAGUUUUGCAACGUGAUCGACUGCAAUCAGGAAAACAGCUGUGCCAGGACGGACGCCGUGUUCACUCCUUACCCAGGCUUUAAAAGCCACAUUAAAGUUUCACGAGUGGUAAACACUUACGGGCCCCAGACUCGUGGCGGGGGGCGCCAGGGAGAGGCUGCAGAGCAUCAUAGGGGGGCAGCUGCAAGAGACUGUGGAAAUGCAGCCAUAGAGGAGCGACUUCAGAACAUGGAGACUCACCUGAAACUGCCGUCAGUGGGUCCGGUUCCUCUGACCGUCUACCAGCGACUGAAGAAGUUGGAGGAUCGAAUCCUGGAGCUGGAGGGACUCUCUCCUGAGUACUUUCAGUCCACGACACAUCUACACAAGCGACUAAAGAUGUCUCCUGCUCAGGCCUGUAGUCUGACAGAGCUGGAUGAGAAGAUCAGCACGGUGAAGGCAGCGCUGCUGAAGAGGAUGAGUGAGUUUGGACCCAGAUUUGGCCCCGAUUGUUCGCUCUGAUGCACAGACAGACACGCCGGAGGUGUUACUCUGGAAGUAAAUGUGCUUUAUUUAAUUAUCCUCACCUGUUAUCACAGUUCUCCAGUAAAAACCAGUGCAAAGAUCUAGUUUGUCUUAGACAAUAAACAGCAACGGUGUCUGUAUUCUGAUUAAUGUAAAUGCUGACUGAUGCUUUUAGUUUGGAGUUUUUAUAAACCAGCAUGUGUAAUAAAACAGUCUGACGCUUCA